AUGAGAAGUCCCAGGAAAAGAAGCUAUUCAAGAAGUAGUUCUUAUGAAAGGCGGCAUCGACGUUCAUCAAGCCGUGAUCAUUCCUACAGCCGCCACCGUCAUCGCCAUCGCCAUAGUAGAGAUAGAUAUGAUGACUAUGACAGGUCUUAUCAUCGUCGACAUCGCUCUCCUCCACGACACGGAGGAAUUUCCAACCCACCUCCUGGCCAUCCUGAUGCAAAUCCAGGUAACAACAUUUAUAUCUCAAAUCUUGCAUCGGAAACGACAGAAAAUGACCUAAAAGAGCUCUUCUCUAAUCUUGGGACCAUUUUAGACAUGAGAAUUAUCAAAGAUCCUUUUACAAAGGAAUCACGAAGAUUUGGAUUUGUGACCUUUGAAAACAUGGAAGACGCAGAAGAGGCAAUAAAAACUAAAGAUAAAUCAGAAUUGCAAGGAAAGACUAUUAGAGUGGAAAGAGCUCGAAGAAGCAAGCCACAUGUCCCUACUCCUGGUGCUUAUUGUGGGCCUGAAGGCGCUUCGAGUAAAUAUAGAAAUUCUUCAAGCCAUAGAAGCAGGAGAUCACCUUCACCCCUGGCGGAGAGAAAAUCAGCCUCUUCCAGUCGUCCAAUUCCAGAUCAGGCUAAAUAA